GCGUUCUUGACUCGCCGUGGUCUGAUAACGAUUCCAUUGUCCAUCAAUACUGAAUCAGAACGUAUUAUCUGCAGGGUUGCUGAACCUCGGCAUGCUGUCCCUGCCGGGCUGCUGCCCCGAUCACGAUGCUCCCAUGGCAGUUUCAAGAUUCCAGCCUCACCAUCCCCCACCGUUCAUCGCCAGUCCUAAUAUGGCGCUAGAAUGUCGAAGUCCGGUAAAAAGUUCGGCAUGCCACGCGCGGGAGCGUCGUAACCGCCCCUCCAGAUUAUGCCGCGGCCCUCUCGACGACCGUGGAUGGCCAAAGCAGCGCAUCUGCCUGUCUUUGGGCAAAACAUCACCGUCGACGAUUGGUGAGCAGUCGACCGAGACAAUGAAUCCUUGGCAGGGGUUGUAGUAAGCUUCAGGUGGUGACGAGCACCGUCUGGCGGCAACUGAUAAGCCUCUGACUUCCAGGUUGGUACAACAUGCUGGCCAGAUACACUCAAGACGUGAUUAUGCGGACGGUGU